ACUGACGUGGGGGCUCCCGCCCCCUGGAGAUCCGAGGCGGGGUCGGGCAGGAGACUGCAGCCCCUGGCUGCCGGGGAGUUGAGCGGCCUCACCCAGGCCCAGCUGGUGGAGCUGGUGCAAUGGACCGACCUGAUCCUCUUUGACUAUCUGACGGCCAACUUCGACCGCCUGGUCAGCAACCUCUUCAGCCUGCAGUGGGACCCCAGGGUGAUGCACCGGGCCACCAGCAACCUGCACCGGGCACCCAACGGGGGUCUCGUCUUCAUAGAUAACGAGGCAGGCCUGGUGCAUGGCUACAGACUCCUCUCCAUGUGGGACAAGUACAAUGAGCCCUUGCUGCGCUCCGUGUGCAUCUUCCGGGAGGCUACUGCCCAGCGGGUGUGGGAGCUGCACCGCCUGCAGAACGCAGCCUCAGAGCUGCUGAGACUCUACCGGACUCAUGAGCCCCUCUCAGGCCGGCUGGGCUUCCUGUCGGAGCAGCAGGCCCAGCUGCUGCAGGGCAGGAUAGACUUUGUCCAUAAGCACAUUUUGCACUGCAAAGCCAUGGCCACUUCACUGUGAUCGGUUGUCACUACUGUCCUGUAUUUAUGUAACCCAAGGGGGAGGACUGAGUUUUCCCCCCUAACCUCUUUGCAGUUGUAACAUGUUCUGGUUGGAAAUAGGAGGCCAAAAUCAUUCAUUCAGGAACCAGUUUCCUCAUGGAAAGGAGGGGCAGGUUAAUGGGUUGAACACAGGACUGGGACUUUGUGGUGGUGGUGGUGGAAAUAGUCCAGCUUCCUCAUCUCUGACUGAUGGAGUCUUUCUUAAGUGGUUCAUUUUGCUGGGCUCUUUAAGAAGCAGUCUGGUGAGAGAGUGAGGGUGAAUCUACACUGCACCGUAGCUGGAAAUAAGAUAUGAAAUUUGAUCUACACAAAUUGCAUAUCUUAUUUCAAAAUAGUGUAUUUCUGCACAGCGCCAA